UCAAGCAUAACCAUAUUGAUGGCACAAAUGAAAGUACAGCACAAGAAAAGGCAAGUGGCGAUUUUUAUUAUACUGAUGCUUUUGUGGGGGGUCCAUUCAGAAUCGAUUCAGUAUUCUGUCCUAGAAGAGACAGAAAGUGGCACGUUUGUGGCCAACUUGACGAAGGACCUGGGACUCAGGGUGGGAGAGCUGGCCACUCGGGGUGCCCGGGUUGUUUUCAAGGGGAACAGACAGCAUUUGCACUUUGAACCGCAGACCUAUGAUUUGCUGCUUACUGAGAAAAUGGACCGGGAGGAGCUCUGUGGCUCCACUGAGCCGUGUGUGCUACCUUUCCAAGUAUUAUUGGAAAACCCCUUGCAGUUUUUCCAGGCUGCCUUGAGAGUCAGAGAUAUAAAUGACCACACCCCAGAGUUCCCUGCCAGAGAAAUCCGCCUGAAAAUAUCAGAAAUUACAAUGCCAGGAAAGGCAUUUGCUUUGAAAAUGGCACAGGAUUUAGACUCUGGCAGCAACAGCCUUCAGAGCUAUACCGUUAGCUCCAACCCUCACUUCCAAGUUCACACCCGCAGUCGCAGCGACGGCAGGAAGUUCCCGGAGCUAGUGCUGGAAAACGCAUUGGACCGCGAAGAACAGCCCCAACUCACACUAACACUCACCGCGCUGGAUGGUGGGUCUCCGCCCCGGUCAGGGACAACAAAGAUUCAGAUACUGGUCUUAGACAGCAAUGACAACGCCCCCGAGUUUGCUCAGGAGCUCUAUGAAGCGCAAGUUCCUGAGAACAGCCCUCUCGGCUCUAUGGUUACUACCGUCUCAGCGAGAGAUUUAGAUGCAGGAUCCUUUGGGGAGGUAUCUUAUGCCCUUUUUCAAGUCGAUGACGUUAUUCAACCCUUCGAAAUAAACGCGAUCACAGGAGAAAUUCGACUGAGAAAGACUUUGGAUUUUGAGGAAUUUCAGUCUUAUCACGUGGAUGUUGAAGCCACAGAUGGCGGGGGUCUAACAGGAAAAUGCUCUUUAGUCGUCAAGGUCCUGGACGUGAAUGACAACGCCCCUGAAGUGACCAUGUCCUCACUUAUUAGCCCCAUCCCCGAAAACUUGCCAGAUAUCACAGUGGCAGUUUUUAGUGUUUCAGAUGCAGACUCCGGACAUAACCAACAAGUUAUUUGUUCUAUAGAUGACAAUCUCCCUUUUUUUCUAAGACCCUCAGCGGAGAAUUUCUACACCCUGGUAACAGAAGGAGCGCUGGACAGAGAGGUCACAGCCGAGUACAACAUCACCAUCACCGUCACCGACUUGGGGACACCCAGGCUCAAAACCGAGCACAGCAUAACCGUGCAGGUCUCCGACGUCAACGACAACGCCCCUGCCUUCACACAAAGCUCCUACACCCUGUUCGUCCGCGAGAACAACAGCCCCGCCCUGCACAUCGGCAGCGUCAGCGCCACAGACAGAGACUCGGGCACCAACGCCCAGGUCACCUACUCGCUGCUGCCGACCCACGACCCGCACCUGGCCCUCGCCUCCCUGGUGUCCAUCAACGCGGACAGCGGACACCUGUUCGCCCUGCGGUCGCUGGACUACGAGGCCCUGCGGGCGUUCGAGUUCCGCGUGGGCGCGGCAGACAGAGGCUCCCCCGCGCUGAGCAGCGACGCGCUGGUGCGCGUGGUGCUGGUGGACGACAACGACAACGCGCCCUUCGUGCUGUACCCGCUGCAGAACGGCUCUGCGCCCUGCACCGAGCUGCUGCCCAGGCAGGCCGAGGCGGGCUCCCUGGUGACCAAGGUGGUGGCGGUGGACGGCGACUCGGGCCAGAACGCCUGGCUGUCGUACCAGCUGCUCAAGGCCACGGAGCCCGGGCUGUUCGGCGUGUGGGCGCACAACGGCGAGGUGCGCACGGCCCGGCUGCUGAGCGAGCGCGACGCGGCCAGGCACAGACUGCUGGUGCUGGUCAAGGACAAUGGCGAGCCGCCGCUGUCGGCCACCGUUACGCUGCACGUGCUGCUGGUGGACGGCUUCUCCCAGCCCUACCUGCCGCUGCCGGAAGCGGCGCCGGAGCGGGCUCAGGCCGACUCGCUCACCGUCUACUUGGUCAUCGCGCUGGCCUCGGUCACCUCGCUCUUCCUGUUCUCGGUGCUCCUGUUGGUGGCGGUGCGGCUGUGCAGGAGGCGCAGGGCGGCCUCGGAGGGCCGCUGCUCGGUGCCUGGGGGCCGCUUUCCGGGCCACCUGGUGGACGUCAGCGGUACGGGGACCCUGUCCCAGAGCUACCAGUAUGAGGUGUGUCUGAUGGGAGAGUCAGGGACCAGCGAGUUCAAGUUUCUGAGGCCGAUUAUGCCUAACUUUCCUCCUCAGGGUACUGGGAAGGAAAUGGAGGAAAGCCCCACCUUUGAGAAUAGCUUCCCAUUCGGUUAA